GCCACAUCACCGCGCUUCCCGCCUCAGCUUCAGGGACUCUUCCUCGCUUCCUGUCGCAGUGGCUCUUUAUCCGGCUGUGUCGCAUUAAUAUCCGCGGAACAGGCUGAGCAGGAUCCCGGAGCUCCAGCGGAUCCUGUUAUUAUUAGGUGUGGAGCAGAAAUUCACUCUCACUUCUGGAAUCUUCUGAUUGCGUCACAGAGCUCUAAUUGCCGCGUUCCGCCUCUUUGGUAAACAGUGUUCGUGUUCCUGUGGGUUUAAAUAUAGAAUGAAUGCGGCUUCACCUGUUUGACGGCACGCAGAAUUGACUGACUGAGGAAGAGGAGGAGGAUGGCGGCGAGGAGGAGCGGUUAUAAAGAUGUGACAGGAGUGGUGUUCGACACGCACUCAAAAAUGGUGAUGUCUCAAGGAGGAACUUUUGAGAAGAUGAAGGAAAAGAUAAAUGCUGUGCGAGCCGUGGUUCCCAAUAAGAGCAAUAAUGAGAUUGCUCUGGUGCUGCAGCACUUCGAGAACUGCGUGGAUCGGGCGGUGCAGGCGUUUGUGGAAGGUAGUGCCGUGGAGAUCCUGAAGGAGUGGAAUGUCACUGGAAAAAAGAAGCCCAAGAAGAAAAAAAAGCCGAAAGCACAAACCGACGUUCCCGCAGACGCGACCCCUGCUGAAUCGCCCGCAGACGCUGAAUGUCAGGAAGCCGUUAAUGGUUUCCAUGCCAAUGGUUCGGCAGCGGCUGACAUCGAAUCGCUGGAUUCUCUGAGCGAGCAGCUGGACUCCGUCUCCCUGGACGCAGCGGAGCUCGACUCGGAAACUGCCGUCCCUGAGGUUCCUGAGGUUCCUGAGGUUCCAGAGGUUCCAGAGGCCACAGGUGGAGAGGUGACGUCCACAUCAAGCCCCGGCACCAGUAACGGACCACGGCACAACCAUCAGAGUUUCCGCAGUAACAAGUCUCACCCCAAGCCCGGUUCCAGCUCCCAGAAUCCCUCUAUGCCCAUUCCAUUCGAAGACGCGUGGCGAGGUUCUGCUGCCAGAAAGAUCGGGCCUAACGUGGACCGCUCUGUGAAGGACCUGCAGCGCUGUGCCGCGUCACUGUCUCGCUACAGAGUCGUGGUGAAAGAUGAGAUGGACUCAUCCAUCAAGAGAAUGAAGCAGACGUUUGCUGAGCUGCAGAGCUGCCUCAUGGAUCGAGAGGUGGCGCUGCUCGCCGAGAUGGACAAAGUCAAAGCAGAAGCCAUGGCAAUUCUGGACGGGCGUCAGAAGAGAGCAGAGGCACUGAAGAGACUGGCUGACCAAUCAGCAUCGCUGACUGAAGAACAGCUGACUGAACUACGAGCUGACAUUAAGCACUUCGUCAGCGAGCGAAAGUAUGAUGAGGAUCUUGGUAAAGCUGUGAAAUUCUCCCAUGAUCUGGAGCCUCUGAAGUGCAGCAUCAUGUCGUUUGGUUCAGUGUAUCAUCCUCAGACGAGCUACUCCAGCCGUUCCCGCUGCAGCUCCACCUCUUCCUCCGUCACAGGCUCAGUUCCUGUCAAAGCUCCGCCUCCCUCUGAGGUCCAGCAUCAGGCCUCUGCGUACACGGGCCGUCCCAGUGUGCCACACAAACAGAUUUUCCAGGGCAACAGGCGCAUCAUUCACGGUUACCAGGGAAAUCAGCGAUAUAAUGGAAACGCUCAUCCUGAGCGAAACCCCGGCCGGAACAGCUAUCGUCAUCCGGGAGAGCGCAGUCAGCAGAGCGACCUCAACUCUCAGCCGGCCAGUAGUGCGAGAGGUUCCUCCCACUCCUCAGGCUAUCGCUCGGAUCGGCCCGCCUACAACGGGCUUCCACAGAGGCAACCGCGGACCCACUGCCCGUGAUGAACGCACACACACACACCCACACACACACAUCCGUCAGAUGAAGAGAAAAUUCAAGUUUACAUCUGAGUUGAGCUGCGGCCCGACUUCUGCUCUUCAUUCUUCUGUCUUACUCUUCUUUUACACCUCCUGUCUGUCUGUCUGUCUGAUCUGAGUUCAGUGUUAGUCUCAGUAGUUCCUGUGAGUGUUUUCUCGUGGGCUUCCUCUUUCAUAUCGUCAGUGUCGAGGAAAAAGAUGAUGUUCCACAUACCAGAUGAUCAACACUAAGAUGGCAGGCCGAGUUUCAGUGGGCUGAGAGUAGUUUAAGUUGUUUUGAGAUGUUAGUCCAUAGUGACGCUCUCUUUCAUGCCUUCGGUCACGUUGAUUGAAGCCGACGUGUCACGUCCUCUGGUCUUCAUGCUCACGAUAUACCUCACUCGCCGCCUCAUUUCAUGCCGCGCCGUUCUUCCGCUCGCAACGUCAGCUUCCUUUUGCCUUCCUGAAAGACUCUCGUUGGAAAGAAUCAGAUUUGCAAGCGUCUGUGAGUUUGAUCAGGAUGCAGAAAAGCUCGUCUGUCUGUCUGUCUGUCUGUCAGGAGGUCUGGAUUUCUAAUUCAGCCUCUCCGUCUCUUUUCUUUGGUUGCUUGAUGUUGUCAUGAGGAUCAGCACUCUUUUCAGCUCAAUCCUGUAUAUAUGUAAACUACAUGUAUAGUGUUUUUGUAGCCUCCGGCCAUGUAUGUAGUGCGAUUUAUUAGUUCUCUGAUUGAACUCCGUUAUCAAGCAACUUAUGUUCUUCCUCAUGUAUGGAGAAAGAGACUCGUUUUUGUUUUUCCAAAUGAUCUGAGACCGCUGUAAUCAAGUGCCUUCAGUCAUUCGCUUUCACCGUCCCGUUCCUUCUGCUCCGGUUCGGACCAAAGACAUCAGAUGCCGUCGCCUGCUCCUGUCGUGCGAACACUCAUUGUCUUUCUUGCUAAUUGAUCUACUUGCUUUUCCUUUAUUAUAAAUAAAGAAGGAUUGGUAGCAAAUGCUUAAA